GUAUCUUUCCAGUGAAAAAUUCUAACAUCAUAGUUCAAACUGUUGUCAAACAUACGGGAAUGGCAAUUGUGGGCGACUAUUGGUACUGAGAAAAGUGCUUUUACAAAAUCGGAACUUGUAAAGAAAUAAUUAGAAACAUUUUCUUUUUAAAACGUCAAAAUGCACAACGCUUACUUAGAAACAUCAAUAUUAAAUAUUUCUGUCCUAAUAGAAUCGAUAGCUGCGUAUGAUGAUAAUUUACUGAUUGGAACAAGGGAAGGUCAAAUACUUUUGUAUAACAUUCCUCCUGUGUUAGAUGAUAAUCACAAAUUAGAAUUGCUACGUUAUAGUAGAAGAUUCUUUAGAAAGCGUAUCAUUCAAAUUGAUGUUGUACCAGAAUAUAAUUUACUCAUAAUUCUAGCAGACAACAUAGUAUAUAUACUUGAUGCAGGUUCUCAAAGCUUUCCAAUAGUUUCUACCUUAAAUAAAACCCGUGGUGCCACAAUAUUUACUUUAAAAAGUCAAAAUUUAACUGGAGAAAAAAACACAGAUAUAUGCCUAUGUGUUGCUGUGAAACGUAAGUUACAAAUUUAUUCCUGGAAAGGAGAAAACUUGAAGGAAAUCAAGGAUUGUGAAUUGACUGUGCCAGACAUACCACGUGAAUUAGCCUGGUGUGGUGAAUCAUUAGUUUUGGGAUUUCGUGGCUUGUCAUAUACAAUUUUGGAGUUAAAUGGAAAAGCUAAAGAAUUAUUUCCAACUGGAAAAUCUCUUGAACCAAGUGUAACAAAAUUGUGUGAUAAUUCCUUUGUAUUAGGAAAAGAUUCUCAAUCAUUUAUUAUGGAUACAAAGGGGGAAUUGAUUCAACACAAUCCAGUUAAGUGGUCUGACACACCAAGUGCAAUAGCUUGGGAUGACCCUUAUCUACUUGGAAUUGUACAUGACAGAUUGGAAGUAUAUACUAUAGAGGGCUGUUUACACAUUCAAACAAUACAGGGUUUGAACAAAGCUAGACUUAUAUGUAGAUGUAAACAGGGAAAAGUUUUUGUAGCAUCAAUUAGUCAUAUCUGGUGUGUGAAGGCAGUUGAUAUAACGCUCCAAAUUAGAACAUUACUUGAACAAACCCAGUUUCAGCUGGCACAGAAACUAACUAGUUUAUUGCACGUAACUGAGAAAGAGAAGACGAAACAAAUAUAUAGAAUUCAAACAUUAUAUGCUCAUCAUCUCUUUCGUAAUAAAAGAUUUCAAGAAGCAAUGGAUGUAUUUUUAAAAAUAGGAACAGAUCCAUAUGAAGUGAUUAUAUUAUUCCCUGAUUUAGUUACAUCAUCAAGCAAUACUUCUGAAGUCACAGAUCCAACUUUGCCAAAACUUCAAGAUCAUGAUUUAGAAAAAGGUUUGCGUGCAUUAAUAGGUUUCCUCACUGCAGUUAGGCAUAAGUUAAUAAGUGAUACAAAACCAAAGGAUAAAGAUAAUGCUAAAGAAAAAUCUGUGGUGGAGGGAGAAAAAAAUAUGACAGCAGUAGCUACUGAGCAGCUUUUAAAAAUUAUAGAUACAACUUUGUUAAAAUGUUAUUUACAGACUACAGAUGCAUUAGUAGCACCAUUACUUAGAUUAAACCACUGUCACUUAGCAGAAGCUGAAAAAACUUUAUUAAUGCAUCAAAAAUAUUCGGAACUUAUUAUAUUAUAUGAGACUAAAGGACAACAUAGAAAAGCUUUAGAACUUCUUGAAAAGCACGCGAAAGGAAACGAUUUGAGUCUUAAGGGUACUGCAAGAACAAUACAAUAUCUGCAGCAUCUUGGUAAAGAUCAUAUGGAUUUAAUUUUAAAGUUUUCUGGUUGGGUGUUGAAUGAAGAUCCAGAACAGGGACUCAGGAUUUUUAUGGAAGAUAUUCAGGAAGUUGAACAACUACCGAGACCAAAGGUAUUGGAUUAUCUUCUCCGUUGUCAUAAAGAUUUGGUUAUAACAUAUUUAGAAUAUGUAGUACAUGUUUGGAGAGAUACUAAUCCGUUAUAUCAUAAUGUUUUAAUACAUCAAUACAAAGAAAAAUGUUUAGCGGGUAUGAGUAAGAAUGCAACACCAACUGAACAAGAAACUGCCCAGCAUCUUAGGCAAAAGCUAUAUCAGUUUUUGGAGAAAUCUGCACACUAUACUCCGGAAACGAUAUUGGUACAUUUUCCGUUUGAUAAUUUGUUCGAGGAACGUGCGAUUAUUCUCGGACGGCUUGGACGCCACCAACAAGUGUUAUCGAUAUACAUUAAUCUUCUCAAUGAUAUAGAAAAGGCGACUCAGUAUUGUGAUAAAGUGUACACUAGGUAUCAAAAUCUAGAAACUGCAGAUAAAGAAAAACAAACAGACAGAGCUGACGAAGUCUAUUCAUUGCUUAUCAAUCAGCUGUUAAAACCCGACAGUGAAGAGAUUUUGAUGACAGUAUGUAGCCCAGAAGCCCAACAAACACUACAGCCCGAUUUGGAAAUGGCGCUUGAGCUACUCGAGAAACACGCUUCGAAGAUAAAUCCGUUAAAGGCAUUAGAGGUUCUACCAGAUACAGUUCCUAUAGGUAGAAUAAAGCACUUCUUGGAAGUGGGUUUACAAAAGAAUUUGAACGCUAGAAGGAGGAUACAAGUCUUGAAAGGUUUACUUCAUGCUGAACAAUUGCAAGUAAAAGAGCAACGUAUGCAUUACGAAUCACAAAGUGCUCUUAUGACGGAAUUGAAUACAUGUUCAGUUUGCAAAAAAAGAUUCGGAAAUCAAAGUGCAUUUGCAAGAUAUCCAAAUGGCGACCUUGUACAUUAUUCAUGUCGAGACCGUAAAGAAUAA